AUGACUGUCGAAAAAUCGCUCCAACCAGGGAUUUACUCUCCCGUCCCUACUUUUUUUCACGAUGACGAAGACAAAACUCUUGACCUUGAAACUCAAGUAGAACAUGCCAAAGUUCUUUACAAAGCUGGUGUGUCGGGAGUUUUGGUGGCUGGGUCCACCGGAGAGGCUGUACACCUGACUCUGAGCGAGAGAGCACAAAUCGUUAAGGCCAUCCACGAUGCCAUUGCAGACCCUAAAUUCAGGAUUAUCACCGGAGUUGUUGGAGCCUGUAUUCCGGACAUAUGUGAGCAGGCUUCUGCCUACAAGGAAGCUGGAAGUGACUCCAUAAUUGUGCUUGUUCCUGGUUAUUACGGCCCAGCCAUCACCAAGCAGGAUGGACUUGUUGACUGGUUCCACAAGCUAGGCGAUAAGUCGCCAUUGCCCGUGAUCGUUUACAACUAUCCCGGAGUGCAAAAUGGAAUUGACCUCACUAUCGACUCAUUUACCAAGAUCGGUAGCCACGCGAACAUUAUUGGAUGCAAGCUCACCAACUUCAACUUUCCUCUGUACACGAUGUUGGGCCAAAGUGAGACUUUGAAGAGCAAAAACUUCACUCCUCUUUCUGGUGUUGGUCAAGUGCUUGUGCCUUCAAUGUCUGUUGGUGUUAACGGGGCCAUUGACGGCAUCUCGAACGUUUUCCCCAAAUGCAUGGUUGAGAUUGGAAAGCUGUUCAGCGAGGGCAAGCUGGUCGAGGCUGCCAAACUUCAAGAUUUAAUCACCAAGGCUAACGAGAUGACUGCUGCUACCAAUCUUUUGGGACUGAAAUAUGCUUUGAAGCACAAAUAUGGCUUUGGAGAGACGUUGAUCGGAAGACCUCCCUUAAACCAGGAGAUGGACGUAAGUGUCUGGAAGAAGUAUGUACCAGUGUUUGACGAGUUGUCUGGAGUUGAAGACAGUUUGUAA